CCCAGUGGUCGGAACUUUACAGGCUGACUUGUCGACAUCGCCGAGUCAUUCUGUUUCCGCGACUCACUAAGAUGGUCAAUAAUAAACGUGUCGUGAUUUUAUUACUGACAAUAAUAUCAAUAUCGAAAGCUAUGCCGCACUCACAGACAGUCGAGGACGGUCAUAAGAAAUCUGACAGCAAACAAGAUUCUCUAUUUGGCUUGCCCUUUUUGGAGUUCAAAAAUGGCGGGGUGAGAGUUAAUUUCGCUGGCUAUCAUGCAGAAGCUGGUCUAGGAGGUCUGUUAACUGGCGAUGCUAAAGGCGGAGGACUUUUUGCUGGAGCUGGAACACCAUUUGGUGCCCAUGCUUCUGCAGGACUUGGCGGGGCCCUUAAUGGCAACAAUGGCGGCAAUGCUGGUGGAGGAUUACAUGCGCGAGCUGGACUAGGCAACGGUGGUCCAGAAGCUGCUGCAGGACUCGGGGGUAAUUUGGACGGAGCUGACGGUUCCAAAAACGGGGGUGUCCUUUACACGGCAACUAGUAAUAGAGGAAGAACUAGAAUCGUUAUGAAAAAUAUUGGCGGCGGUUCUAAUGCUGACGCACCACCAGUUCCUAAUGCGAGUAACAUUCAACCGAUUCCUCGAAGCAAGGAUCAGAGUUCAAAUGCCCAGACAACUGAUAGCGAAUUAGUAAGACGCGAAAUUAAUUCACCAGGUGAAGGGGUCAAUGUCGUCGACCCAAAUUUACCAGUAGCACAACAAGCAUACGCUCACGCAUAUGACCGCUGUCGCAAAAAGGGAAGACGCGUCUGCAACAGACUCAGAAAAACAAUAAUCCAGCAACAGCUUCCGCUUGCGCAAGUCCCUGGUGACUUUACAGCCAACAAAGAAAUUUUAAACGAUCCGAGUGCGUUGUCUUUGGACGCGCGUACCAGUAGCAAAAUAAUUGCCGAGAAUACUGGAUACGCAGAUGUUGCUGUGGCACCUGGACCAGCACCAUCUCCAUCAGCGUCGUCAAUUCCAUCGCCAGCAUACGGGCCCGCACAACCAAGGACGCUCUUUGACGACAUAUUCAACAUUCCAAUAUCCACUUUGCAUGCAGUAAACCAGUUGCUGAACAGCAAAGUUGGACGCUAAAUCUGGAUAUCGUGAUACACUCAUCGUGUAAACCCAAGGACGCGCUUCUCCACAAUUCUUAAUUUUUUUAUUACUAUUCUAUCUCUUUAUCACCAACAGGUUUUAUUAGCAUUCGUCUUUGUUUAUAUAAAACACGCGGAAAAAUUUGCAAGAUAAUUAUUAAGUUAAGAGUAAACACUUUUUUUUAUUAAUUGAGAUGACGUUCUAGCGAUGAUUAAUAUUUUAUAUGUAUUAUUUUUAAACCUCACUGCUUGCCAGUAAUUAUUUUUAUUGCGUCCAAAGAUUUCCGAUCAAUGUACCAGUUAUUAUUUUUUUUUAUUAUCGUUUAUUAUUAUUAUUAUAAUAACUAUUUGUCUUAAUUUUCUUUGUAAACAAUUGUUUAAUUAGCUGUAAUUUAUGCCCUCUUUUAAUGCUAACGCUUCAUAUGUAAUUUUGAAUUGUGUAUGUUUCAAUAAUUGUCGCACACGUAAUUUCUAUAUAGACCUUGAGUUAUGAAAUGGAUUAGCGGCACUAAUUAACU